AUGCCUCUGUUUCCAGUUGCCUUUGGGCUCGGUGUGUUUGUUAUUGCAGUUGUAGGAAUUGUUACAAUAGUGAAAGUCAUUAAUGAACAAAAUAUGAUGUACAAUGACCAUCAUCACAAUCGCAAACGUAACCGCUACGACAAGCAUGAUUCUGACAAACAUCACUUUGACAGUCAUCAUCAGCAUAAUCACUCUGAAGACCAUCAGCAUAAUCACAAUUCCAACAGUCAUCAUUGUAAUGGUGAAAACUCUCAAUCCGAGCGUAUGCCUUUGACGGAAAUUAAACUAGAACACCUGUUUGGCUUGAAUGCUCAUGAUGACGAUAAGUUGAACUUGAAGACAGCUCCGAUUGUCAACGAAAGCAUGUCCACUUCAAUCCAUCAUAGCAAUGCCGACCAGGGUUUACGUCAGCGUAAACCUAUAAACAAGAAUUCUGCAGACACUCCCAUUGCUGGUACUGCACACUAUACACUUUCACACAACUCCCGUGCACCAUACUAUGACGAACCACACCCAGACCUCGUUGAUUUACUAAAUGCUCCUGUAGUCAAUGAUUCUAAUUUGGUAACUAAAUACAAUUCACCAUCCGGGCCGUUAUCCUCUGUUCCUCUGGCAUUCGAUUCCCUGCUUGUCAAUACUAUGGAUGUCGCUCCCGCGGUAUCAAUAACUGAAACUUAUUUCAAACCAAAAGUUGAUGCGAUUGUUCCAACCUCAUCUUCCCUUGUAAAAGCAUCGCUUCCCGAUUGGAUUGAUCAGGAGCGGGUCGAACUACAACGUAAAAUUGACCUACUUGCGGCUUAUGAAACAAGUCAAAAGGAACUCUUGGCCGUUGAGAAUGAAGUGCGAUCCAUCAGUCAACGUCGUCGUGAUCUUGAAAUCAAACAAACGGCAUUAAAGCAAGCCCUUUUUGGUACUACCCACUCAUCAGAUUCUAAAUCUGAAAGUGCAGAUGUCAAGGACAAUAACGCUAUACAAAAAAUUCAGGAAAACUAUGCAUCUACUGCUAUUCUUUCACCUCCUGUAGUCGCUGUAGCAAGCAUACAAGAGACUGCAGAUGCAUAUAUGGAAUCUGCUACUAAAUCGAAUGUAUUGUCUGUUGCAGAAGGUAUAGAGACUACUGCUAAUCCUUCUAAAGCAAAUUCUGUAUUUGAAGAUAUUAUUUCCAUUGCUUCUAGCAAUUCCCUUUUAAUCUCUUCUGAUUCGCAAACAGCGGGUCGUACUAAUGUUUAUACCAGCAACCACCUGACCACUACUGGCGAUCAGUUGGAUCUUAACCAAGCUUUCUGUACCGACGCAGUUUUGUUUCCCGCUCUUGCCAACGAUGCAAUCUCGAACUGUAGCCUAGCACCAUCAUAUGUCUCGGCAAAGAAUGCUGAUUUGAACCCAUUUGAAUUUCAACAUGAGAAUGACGAUUCUCAUCUCCCCAACACUUCCUUGCAUGGUUUAGUCGACAGUGAUAGCGUCCCGUCUAUCCUGGCUAUCCCCACAUACUUGGAAACCAGCAGUGAAAGCGGACAGCUUUCGCAAAGUUCGUUUGACCAUGUCCAUUCAUCUCAAGCUGCAUCUUCUGCUACAGAUGAGGCCUGGACUCGUUGUAGUGAAGAUGGCUAUUCAUAUCAUAACGAUAUGUAAUUUGAACCACAAAGGCUGUACCAGAUUUGGUAGCUGGUGUUGAAUCCUUAUCAAAAUCUCAUUGAAACCAUAGCAAGCGUGUCGCUAUUUUACCACCUUGCUCAUUUAUAAUGCGUUUCUAUUUUUCGUCUUUAUUCGUCCGACAAUGGUCUUCAUGCAAACACACUCAAAAAUAAAUUCUUUUGCAACCA